AACAGGAAUUCAUGGCUAACUACCUCCAUAAAGGUAUAUAUACAUUUCCCUGUACUCUGUUGCACCAGUAUGAACACAUCAUUUUUCCACAAAAUAAUUAUAAGGUGGCCUCAUUUCUCUUAUUCUGAUGACAUUUGUUAAUUUGAUAAUAUUCACUAUUUCAGAAGUUUCAAUCAUUCAACCAGAUUGUUUCUAUUUUAAAAAUUAUUGUAAUUGUAAUGAGAGAUGCACGGCUGGAUCUGAUUUCCAGAGCCCCUUGAUCCAGUCAUGUUGUUACUUAUUUCAACACUACACACACACACACACACACACAAAUAUAUAUAUAUAUAUAUGCAUACACAUUCACACACGCACACACGUAACAAUACUUUCAAGCUUCUCUAGACACCAUCUGUUAGAAAAGCCCAACCAAGCUCUUCCUUAGUCUUCUUUACCUAUUUCACCUUUCAGUUUUGCAAUAUUAAUAAAUAAUUGCCAGUUACAAAACUCAUAAGGAUAUUAUUUCAAAAGACCUUGGAAGGUGUAUUGAGGUUUAAACUUUUAUUGAGGUUCAAAAUUAAGUUUUGCCAAUGAAACCAAGGAAUAAAUUAUUCAUGAAAUACCAUAAUACAUGAAUAAUUCAGGGUGUGCCUUUAAUUAGGUCCUUAAAAAAAUUCAAUAGCUGCCUAUCAGGACUUUAAUGAUUGAGGAUCAAAUCUGAUCUUGAAAACAAAGAACUUUUGCUCAAAAUCAAAUUAGCUGGCAAUUAUUGCAGAACUUAUUGCUAUUGAACUGCUAUCAAUACUGUUUAUGCCUUAGACACACAGUGCAUUAUGAUGUAUUGCACAUAUGAAAUACCAAGAAAUUAGAAUUGCAGCAAUGAGAUUUUUAAUGACAAUACAGUGGCGUUUAUAUGAUAUGUUAUUGGAGUUAGGGCGGGGGAAAGAGUUAUGAAUAUUGAGACUUAUCAUUACAAUGGAAAGUAAUGCUGUACAUCAGUGCAUUAUUUCCAUAACUAGUUCCUAUUGCUUUAUUUCUUUGAGCUUAGAGAAAGACAUGUUUUCUUUCCUACUGUCUUUCUUUAUUAUGUGUUCUUUCUGUAACAUUCAGUUUAUUAUCAGUAUUGGUAUAUAAGUAUUGAUUUUAGGACAAUUGGCCUGCCAUGGCCUAACAUUAUCUUAAUUCCUUUUGAAAAAUAAUCUGAUUACUUUGUGAAGGAUUUUUUUUUGUCAGCGCCAUAGGCAGCAUCUUGACUGCUCUGGGUGUACAUUUUUUUACAAUACAAAUUUUGGUGCAUUUCAGAUUCAGAUGUUGUACAUUGGAUCGUGCAACACACAGGAAGAUAUGAUACCAGAAAAGUUAAUUCGGAAAAUAUGAGCUGAGAGGUACAACUAGUGGGGUGCUUAAGCAUGGGGGCUCAACAUAGCCCUCCAUGUUUCUUUAUUUGGGCCUGGGGGCUCUCCUCAGGCUACUCUCCCCAGCCCCACCCGCUUCUGUCCCUGCUUCAGAUCCACCUUGAGUUUUUUCCCCCCUACGGCUGGAAUGUGUCUACAAACUCUCAUAAUGUCUCUUGCUUCCCUGAAUGGAAGGAUGCAGGGGAUGUGUGUAGAAAAUAGCCUCCUUGUUGUUGUUGUUGUUGUUGCUUAGUCGUUUAAUCGUGUCUGACUCUUCGGGACCCCAUGGACCAGAGCAUGCCAGGCACUUCUGUCUUCCACUGCCUCCCACAGUUUGGUCAAACUCAUGCUGGUAGCUUUGCGAACACUAUCCAACCAUCUCGUCCUCUGUCAUCCCCUUCUCCUUGUGCCCUCCAUCUUUCCCAACAUCAGGGUCUUUUCCAGGGAGUCUUCUCUUCUCAUGAGGUGGCCAAAGUAUUGGAGUCUCAGCUUCAGGUCUGUCCUUCCAGUGAGCACCCAGGGCUGAUUUCCUUAAGAAUGGAGAGGUUUGAUCUCCUUGCAGUCCAUGGGACCCUCCAGCACCAUAAUUCAAAAGCAUCAAUUCUUUGGCGAUCAGCCUUCUUUAUGGUCCAGCUUUCUACACAGAGGUAAAAUUUGCAUUCAUUGCUCUGCCCACUUUUGCUUUUGGUCUCAUCCAGAACUGACAUGUGGUGCUUGGUCUGAAGAUGCUUCCCACCUCUGGGUUAUGGUCUCCAGAUUCCUGAUUAGUGAACUAAUUGCCUCCCAGCCCUUGAUUUGUGGAAAGCAAUGAUCUUGGAAGAUCUCUGUUGGACUGAUUCUUACCAAAAGCAAGUUAGGCAUUUUCUGAUCAAUGGAAACAGAGUAGUAAGCAUCUGUGAGAAGGAGCAAGAACAGAGGAACAACAUGUCCUCCAACAUUUCGCAGGGGAAAAUUGGGAGGCACAUCUUUCAAGGCCAUGCUCGCACAGGAAUCAGGUGAGAGCACGGCUCCCCAAAAUGGGCGUCUUUGGGGCCACACACUAACAGGAACUAAAAUGGGACAGCUGGGAUCCGAUCAGAAGCUGGGGUGGCUUCUGUAAUUUCAGGAUGUCCCACUCAAAGCAGCCCAGUUGAUGGUUAUGGAACAGCAGAACUUCAAGAGAAAUCAUCAGUAGCAAUGGACAUAGAUAGGAGCAAUUAUUCUGUUAGGCUUCCCUGUCAAUGGAAGUAGAACACUGAGAAUCGUAACAACAGAUCUGAUGUCAUACGCAGUUGGCUUUUUCAAGGCAAUCAACUUUUGAUGUCAAAGAGAAUAUUUUCUGUAGAUUCCCUCCUUCACGUCUGUGCCUACCAUAUUAAGAACACCUGCACACACUAUAGUGUAGACCCUGCAGCUUCCAAUUUUCUUCCAUUUCUGGUGAAAGGGAAAAACACACAAACAAAACACAUUAGCUUAGAAUUACUAUUCCGUGUAGGAAUGAAAAUGCUGUGCAAGUUAUGUCUCAAUAGCCAAGGAUAUAUUCCAUUUGUAUGUAGAACUGGGUCUUUAAAUAUCUGUUUAAAACAACAACAACUUGGCAGUGGUGGCACUUGGAUGAAGUCUGAACAGGUGCUGACAAACCAAGAAAGACACAUUGGAGUUGUGGCAGAAAGGUAGCUCAGACUGUGACAGUUUUAGGGUAAAUGCAAAUCGCAUGCUAGGAAGUAUUGGGAAAGGAACUGAAAACAAAACUGCCUUGUAAUGUCUUUAUGUAAAUCUAUGGGGUGGCUGCAUUUGGGAUUUGGAAUACUGCAUGCAGCUGUGAUUGCCCCGUCUCAAAAAGAGCAUGGGAAAUAUGAAGCAACUCAAAUGGAGCAUCUUGGUGUGUGGAAAGGAUCAAGUCUCUGGAGCUCUCUUCAUUUAGAGCAUAGAUUGCUGUUUUUCCGUACAGUUUUGGAAUGUGUGGAUUUGGUAGAUACGACUUCAAAAGUGAACUCAGUUGAAUUCCUUCUCCAUCUCUAGGCUAUGGUGAGGUUUACUUGCUUAAAAAGGUAAAGGGACCCCUGACCAUUAGGUCCAGUCGUGGCCGACUCUGGGGUUGCAGCGCUCAUCUCGUUUUACUGGCCGAGGGAGCCGGUGUACAGCUUCCGGGUCAUGUGGCCAGCAUGACUAAGCCGCUUCUGGCAAACCAGAGCAGCGCAUGGAAACGCCGUUUACCUUCCCGCCAGAGCGGUACCUAUUUAUCUACUUGCACUUUCCCGUGCUUGUGAACUGCUAGGUUGGCAGGAGCAGGGACCGAGCAACAGGAGCUCACCCUGUUGCGGGGAUUCGAACCACGACCUUCUGAUCGGCAAGUCCUAGGCUCUGCGGUUUAACCCACAGCGCCACCCGUGUGGCUUACUUGCUUAGAUAGCUUUAAAAGGGAAUUAGACAAAUUCGUGCACGGUGGGCCUGUUGGUUAUUAUUAGUCAUAAGGACUGUAAGGAGCCUCCACAAAGGAGCUAGUUUUGCCACUAAAUACCAACUAAAUACCAACUAAAUACUAAAUACCAACUCCCUGGAAAAGACCCUGAUGUUGGGAAAGAUGGAGGGCACAAGGAGAAGGGCACGACAGAGGACGAGAUGGUUGGAUAGUGUUCUCGAAGCUACCAGCAUGAGUUUGACCAAACUGCGGGAGGCAGUGGAAGACAGAAGUGCCUGGUGCUGGACACGACUAAACAACUAAACAACAACAACCAACUAGUGGGAACCAACAGCAGAGCUUUCGUGCUCACAGUCUGAGUGUGGUCUUCUCUUUUUUCUUUUUAAAAUAAAUUUUAUUAGUAUUUUCCACACAACAACAACAACACGAAAGAUAUCAAAAAAUAACAAUACACAACACACAAAAAUCAACAUUCGAAAACUAAAGAAAGCAACAACAAGAAAUACUUCAGGAUGGUCACUGUGGGAACCAGAAUGUUGGAGAAGAUGGACCUUCGCCUGAAGCGGCAGGGCUCCUCUUAUGUUCUUAUGGCACAGUCCUUUCCCCUUUUCAACAUUUCUAAAGAGGCAUAUGCCUAAUAUUGCAUUCCCCCCACACUUCACAAGGCAUGUUUGUGACUUUAACAUGCCUAUCUGACUUAUUAAAAAAGAAAACUGGGAACAGAACCCUUCUUCAGUAAACUAUUCCAAACUUCCACAAGGUAGCCCUUGACAGCUGUUCUCUGUAAUUCCCCCCCACCCCCGCAACCUAUGCUGAAAGGCCCUGAAGAAAGUAUAGUUAGCUGGGUAAAAUUUACUGGCAAAGUUUUAUUUGAAUAUUUUACUGCAGUGCAUAGCCUCUGGUACUGCCUUCAAUUUAUUAUCUGCCAUUGAACAGAAGAGAGCCUCUAGUAACAUCUGAGGUCUUGUGCUUCUGUUCUGGAUGGAUAGGGACACUUUAACCUAUGCCAUUUUGUUUUAUUGAAAUGUUCUAAGAAGUGUUUAAAACAGUGUAUAACCAUAAAGCAAUAAUUGUGGUGGAAUAAUCCAUGAUUAUGUAUGUUACGGGGGGUGGGGGGGACGGGACAAAAGUUGUCUGUUUCCAGCUCAGUUGUUGCUGACUAUUUUUCUUCUCAUUUUUUUAAAAAAGGCUUUUCUCUGAGAGACAGAAAAUCUUUUAAAAUUGUGUAUGUUGGAGAACUGAAAAGUAUUAAACAGCAGUGGCAACUAAUGAUUAAUUUCAGAGCUAUAUUAACUUUUAACGACUGCGCCUAUGGCUCAGGUUAUAAUGCUACUUUAUCUUGUUUAUGUUGAAAUCCUAAACUCACUUCCUUAAGAAUUUUGUGGGACUUACUUCUGAGCAAACAUGCAUAAAACUGUGUUUUCACAGUAAUUCUGAGGGUAGUCAUUCAUGCUUUCUUUUACAAAGCUGGCAGUCAGACAUUGGCUAGCCAUAUACAAAUUAAGUAAAGUGAAGUGAAGUAAAGUAAAUAAUAAUGAAGUCCUACAGUGUAGCUAUGUGUCUUUAACUGCAAAAAAGUAAAUUCCUAUUCAGUGCUUUUUUUCAAAAUAAAUGUUUUUAAAAAGGUAAAGGACCCCUGACAGUUAAGCCCAGUUGCGAAUGACUCUGGGGUUGCGGCGCUCAUCUCACUUUGCAGGCCGAGGGAGCCGAUGUUAGUCCUCAGAUAGUUUUUAUGGGUCAUGUGGCCAGCAGGACUAAGCCACUUCUGGUGAAACCAGAGCAGCUCACGGAAAUGCCAUUUACCGCCAGAGUGGUACCUAUUUAUCUACUUGCACUUUUUGGCAUGCUUUCGAACUGCUAGGUUGGCAUGAGUUGGGACUGAGUAAUGGGAGCUCACCCUGUUGCGGGGAUUCGAACUACCAACCUUCCGAUCAGCAAGCCCUAGGCUCAGUGGUUUAGACCACAGUGCCACCCGGAUCCCCAUAAAGAAAUGUUUAGGGGUACUCUUAUUAUCCUACUCAUAUUGAAAAACUGCCCCUCAAUGAGGCCAAACUUAGAUUCACAAAAUGUUUAGGAGUAUGCGUACCCCCAGUCUACCCAGAAAAAAGUACUGUUCCUAUUUAGGGGAAAUGUGUGCAAGGCAUCUCUGAGAAUGGGUGUGGUAUAGUAAAUAUGCCAAGUUUUAAAUUUUCUUCACACAUAAACCUACCAGCUGCACUUGGACAAGGUACAUUCCUACCACAAUUUCUUCUUUCUGAAAUCAUACUUGCAAUGACUUACUUCACAGCAAUGUUUUGAAGAUUAAUGUUAUAAGUAACAAUGAUUAUGGUGCAAUUGCUAAAUCAUUUCAGAAUAAUAGGAGCACAAGCCUAAUAAUAAUAAUAAUAUACAAAUUCUGCCUCAUAGUAUCUUGUGACAAGUUCCACAGUUAGACACUACAGUAUUUUAAUGUGGUGAUUUAAGGGAAUCCCUCAUUUGUUGCUUUUUAGGGGCUCAGCCCGAACAGAAGCCAAGGCUUUCUUGUUGAAACAUGAACAAUAUGACAAGAUGAGGAAAGUAAUAACAGUGCUCAGUUGGUUAGAACCUCUUAGCCAAUAGUUGCACCAAGCUAUUUAUAAGCCUUCAAGAAAAAAGGGAUCCUCAGUGCUACCUAUACCCAAUGUACAACAGAAAACUCGCUGGCAAAAAUUGUAGCAAUAUAUCAAAGGUUUUCUAAGUAAAUGAUAGACUUGCAGUGGGCAGACGUAGCAGCUAUAUUUUUCCUGCCUGCCUGCUGGCUUUCCUGUUUGUCACCUCAUGCUGCUACAUGCAUUUAAUGAAGGCGUGUGCAACUUCCACAAAGCAGAAAGGAGCCUAACAGCUGUGUGUGGUGACCCACCAGGGGCUUUAUAAAUAUUCUGGGUUGACUGCCUGAUUUGGAUUUGAAAAGCAGAGGGGCUGUCAUUCACCUGGCAAGACAGUUUAAGAAAGUAAACCCAAGAAAAUGGUGGGUAGACUGCAUUCACUUGAAAAGUCACAAUGACACUAUAAAUCCAGUGCUUUGUUUAUUAUUCUUUUUCUUGUGCAGACUGCAUUAAUUCUUAUUUAAUCAAUAACAUUUUUAUAUUUUUUUUUUUAAAAAAGUUGUGCAGAACUUUGAAUGACAGCCAUCUGGCCAAAAUGUACAGUAGCCACUAGUAUAUUUAUCCAAAAUGUAGAUGCUUAAACUAAAUCAUAUGUAAAUGUAAUUGUUUCUUAUUAAAUUCCACAGGUGUUCAAGCUGUAUUUUCUUAGGGUUAAACUCUCUGAAAAUACAGGCACAGUGUUUGUGGCUGAAAUGCACCAUACGAAAGCAGAAUUUUAGACUUCCAUUCAUUGCUACAUCUUUGAGAAACUUUGGGAAAGAAAAUACGUGAUUAGUAAUUGUCAGUUCUAGAGGAAGAGAGUGCAUUUAAUAAUAAUAAUAUUAUAUUAUUAUUAUUAUUAUUAUUAAUACCCCACCCAUCUGGCUGGGUUUCCCGAGCCACUCAGGGUGGCUUCCAACAGAACACCAAAAUACAAUAACCUAUUAAACAUUAAAAGCUUCCCUAAACAAAAUUUUAUUUUGAUACAUUUGUGGACAUAAGUACAUCUAAGCAUUGAUAUCUAAUAGUUCCCUGAUUGACUUCCAAAUUGGAGAAACCUCCCUGAAUGAAUCUCGGAAAGCACAAUGAGAGGAAUUCAACAUCAUUCUCUUCUGAUUGUUCCGUCAGUGCAAGCAUUUCUGCUGAUGAAUUUAUCCCCUCUCCUCGCCUUGUGCACUAUUCUGGGGGUUCUCUGAUCCUCGAGAGCAAAUGUGGAGAAGGGGCAGGGGUUCAGAGGGAGAGGAGGAAGGAGAUCCUGUUUAGCAAGAGUUCUUGCAUUGACUUCCACUAGUGCAUCAGGUUAAAUGAAACUGGGUCCUAGUUGACAGUUUGCAUUUUUUAGUGCAGAAAGUAUUGAUCUGUUGUCUAGAAAUCUUUCCUAUUCUAAUUAAGUCAAAAGGGUUCUGGAAGCUUCUCUGUGUGAAAGAAACAAGCAGAAGGUGCAUGAUGUUUGGGUUUUAGCUUCAGAGAAAUUGAAUCAUAGAAUCAUAGAAUCAUAGAGUUGGAAGAGACCACAAGGGCCAUCGAGUCCAACCCCCUGCCAAGCAGGAAACACCAUCAGAGCACUCCUGACAUAUGGUUGUCAAGCCUCUGCUUAAAGACCUCCAAAGAAGGAGACUCCACCACACUCCUUGGCAGAAAAUUCCACUGUCAAACAGCUCUUACUGUCAGGAAGUUCUUCCUAAUGUUUAGGUGGAAUCUUCUUUCUUGUAGUUUGGAUCCAUUGCUCCGUGUCCGCUUCUCUGGAGCAGCAGAAAACAACCUUUCUCCCUCCUCUAUGUGACAUCCUUUUAUAUAUUUGAACAUGGCUAUCAUAUCACCCCUUAACCUCCUCUUCUCCAGGCUAAACAUGCCCAGCUCCCUUAGCCGUUCCUCAUAAGGCAUCGUUUCCAGGCCUUUGACCAUUUUGGUUGCCCUCCUCUGGACACGUUCCAGUUUGUCAGUGUCCUUCUUGAACUGUGGUGCCCAGAACUGGACACAGUACUCCAGGUGAGGUCUGACCAGAGCAGAAUACAGUGGCACUAUUACUUCCACUGUAGUAAUUGAAUACAGCUGGUUUAAACUGGUUCUCUUAUCUCUUCUGUCAAGAUCAUGCUGACUAUAAAAGUAAGGCCAGAAGGAGCCUGGGUGUCACUUUCUCUUUCUAUCUCUCUUCCUUCGGGUGUGGUGUUCUGUACAUAGGAUGCUUAGUGUUAAGGUUUAGUCUUAUUAUAAGUUAUUGUAAGUUUAAGUUAAGUCUGCUGCAACUGGAUUUCUUAUGGACUCUGCCAAUCCCGAAUGUAUUGGAUUUGUGUGCUCAUUUGCCUUCAAUAGCUGUAAAGCUCUGCUGGAUGAAAUACAAUUGCCUCUGGUCUAUUUUCUGGGAAUCCUGCAAGUUUUUUACUCUGCUAACUAUACAAUGGAAUCUAAAGGUAAAGGUAAAGGGACCCCCUGACAGUUAAGUCCAGUCACGAACGACUCUGGGGUUGUGGCCCUCAUCUCGCUUUACUGGCCGAGGAAGCUGGCAUUUGUCCGCUCCACAGACAGUUUUUCCGGGUCAUGUGGCCAGCAUGACUAAACUGCUUCUGGCGCAAUGGAACACCGACACCAGAAAUGCCAUUUACCUUCCCGCCGGAGCGGUACCUAUUAAUCUACUUUCACUUUUGGGUGUGCUUUCAAACUGCUAGGUUGGCAGGAGCUGGGGCUGAGCAACGGGAGCUCAUCCCAUCAUGGGGAUUCGAACCACUGACCUUUUGAUCGGCAAGCCCAAGGCUCAGUAGAAUCUACUCUGGAUCAAUACUGAGUAGAAUUCCAUGAUUGACACAAUUGUAUAAGGUGCAUGAUUAUAGAAUUGGCAUAAUACAAGGAACAUCAGUAAUGACUCAUAAGAUUAUUUUUUGUAAGAUACAUUGCCCUUUGGCUGAGCAAUGCUGCAGCCCAGUAGGGGUCAAGCCACCCCCCCCCAAUAUUUUUGGGAGUGGGCCAGGCCCACCCAACAACUGGCUGGCUCCUCCUUCUCCUCAUGCAUCUGCAGCCCCAGCUCCUCUGAUGUCCUGAUGUCAUUCACCUCUGCAUGCUACUGACCAAUGGUUCAGGGAUGGAGAACCUGUAGACGUAAAGGUGUUAUGGGACACCAAAUCCCAUAAGCAUCAGGAAGUGAUUAGCUAUGAGGGAUGAAGGAUGUUGUAGUUCAAUGACAUCUGGAAGGCCACAAGUUAUCCAACCCUGCUGUAGAUCAAGCUGUUAUUCAAGGUGCAGGAACUGGGAGUAGCUAGAAAUCUGGUAAUUCUGUCUGUAUUUUAGAAAUGACCAACACUGUGAAAUUUCAUUGUGAAAUUUCAGUAGUUCCUCCUAAAUACAGUGGUACCUCAGGUUACAUACGCUUCAGGUUACAUACGCUUCAAGUUACAGACUCCGCUAACCCAGAAAUAGUGCUUCAGGUUAAGAACUUUGCUUCAGGAUGAGAACAGAAAUCAUGCUCCGGCGGUGUGGCGGCAGCAAGAGGCCCCAUUAGCUAAAGUGGUGCUUCAGGUUAAGAACAGUUUCAGGUUAAGAACGGACCUCUGGAACGAAUUAAGUACUUAACCCAAGGUACCACUGUAGUGAAAUGGUAACCAAUGAUAUUUUGCACAUUUUGCUUCUUACAUUUUUACAUCUUUUCAUUUUGCAGUCUUUCUUUCUUUCUUUCUUUCUUUCUUUCUUUCUUUCGUUCAUUUGUUCUUUCUGCCAUAGAAAUGGAUUCUUUUAUCCUUUGCUUGUUACCUUCAAUAUUACUCAGUGGUUUGUCAUCAAAUACCUGUUAAUACUAUCGAGGAAUCUGAACUAUUGCUGAAAGUGGAACAAAGAUAUGAUAAAACUGUGGGGAUGCAAUAGAAAAAACAGCACCCUUGUGCAAGAUUGUGCAAGAGGAAACAUCUGCUGACUCUGCUGACUUGUUCCCCCCACACGCCUGGGUCACUGUCGCGCUGCCUAACCGCAAAGCUUACGCGGCUGUCAUGCUGUCUGGAGUUAUGUCCUGGUAGAGAAUAGUUAUUCUAAGAAAUGCAAACCCUAGCUGUUUUCCACCCGAGUGCUACACGUGUAUAUGCAACAUGAUGUAAUGUGCGCAAGGCUAAUAAACAUGCAAGGCUGCUGGGAGAGAGAGCUCACUCCUUGCUUAAACCUUCACCCAUGACUCUUCGUCAUUUUCCUCCGCACCUGGUGGGCUGGUUCCCCGACAAAUGGUGCCCCGUGUGAUUGCCUGAACGGCUUCCAGGACGCGUGCUGUCAAAGACGGUCCUCCCUGCUACUCACCCGCCCGGCUGUGGCUCAAGGCGCCUUCUCAUCUUCGGAUCCCCGGUGAGUAGCUAUUUUUCUAUUUUUAUCAUGGGUUCUGCGCUCUCCAACCCUCAGAAACAAUUUUUAAAAGACAUGCAGCACCUCCUUCGGGAAAAUAAACAGCAAGUACCUGAAGGUGAUCUAAUUGCAUUGAUUCUGGCCAUAGAUGAACAUUGUCCAUGGUUCCCUGAGGACGGGACAUGGGAAAUACCAGACUGGGACAAAAUUGGCGACCACUUUCAUGGCCAUGGCCGCAUAAAUCUUCACGUCCUCAGUGCCUGGGCUAAAGUCCGUGGCUGCAUGGCAACUCUUACGCCCAAAAACAUCCUCUUGGCUUCGUUGCAACCACAACAGAAACAGUCCUGA